AUAGGAGGCCUUUAUUCUUUUGUGGAAACGCUGAUCCGUUUCAUCAAUGGACACGAUUGAAAAUAGAAAACAAUUUACAUCAGUGCUGAUCGGGUUAAUCGGAUCAGCGUUUCCGUAAAGGCCUCGGACUCCUUCGUGCAAUGAUUGGUAGCUAAAGCCACAAGAACUAAGAACUGGCAACUGGCAUUGCUGGCAACCGCACUCUAGUUGUAAAUUAAGAAGAAGAAGGAGGUUUUUAGAUAUUUAAUUUUCAAUCCAUCGUGCGUGCAGCAGGAAGUGGAAGUACCCCUUUUACCACUUUUGAGUUUUGAAUUUUUGAAUAAUCACAACAAAAUGGCCUUACCUGCUGCAAGUAAAGCUUACAUGUUAUUGGGAGUAUGUGUGCCUAGCCUUAAACAAGGAGCCUCAAAAUUUAAAGUGAAAAGACUGGAAUUGGAUGUAAACCUCAACAUGUAUUUUUCUAAACACGAAUUCCUUUAUGCUCACGAUCCAACAAAACUAUGCAAAACUGGCGACAUUGUUCUCAUUGAACAACUUCCUCAAAAACUAACUCGGCUCAUUACUCACAAAGUCAAGGAAGUUAUUUAUCCUCUAGGAGACACCACUUGCCCUAUUACAGGCAAGAAAGUUGUAGCGAGUAAAUACAGAGAUCAUAUUGAACAGGUUAAUAAAAUUUAUGGAGAAAGGCAGAAUGUGUUUAAAUAUGAUGAAGCUCCACCAAGAGGCUGGCAGGAAGAUAAGAAAGACUUUUCACAUGUGGAGACCUAUCCUAAAUAUCACGAAGAUGGUAGUGAGCAACCCUAUUCUGUCUAAUUUUGUACGCUUAGUUUAGUUGCUGGUUAUGAUGGUUUUCUUAGUGUAAUAAAGUGUAUAUUUAGAACUUGAUUGUGUUCUUGUUGGAUAGAUAAUAUAAAGUUGCUGAUGUUGCA